UGACGUCAUCACGCUGCGCCUCUCCCGGAAGUCUCGGUCGGAGCCAAAAUGGCGCAGCAGCGGCAGCUGUUGGUUUUGGUUUUGAUUCGGGAAAUAAACGUUAAACGACUAGUACCGUGAUUGGACCGCAGUGACGUGACCGGGGAGAUCACAGGGACCCCAGCCUCGAGUCAGGACGCGCGUGCACCCGUCCGAACCGAGCUGCGGUUCUGCUGUUGUUUCUACCUGACCGGAACAAACCGGUUCGGCCCACCUGACUCUACCAACAGCGCGUUAGACGCUGAUUACAGGUGGUGAUGGCGGAGCGGCGGGCCGACUGCAGCUGGAAGAGACACAUCUCAGACCAGCUGAAGCUCAGGGACAGAGUUCAGAGACACACCUUCGAGGAGAUCGUCCAGCAGUACAAUCGUCUCUUGGAGAAGUCUGACCUGCAGGCCGUCCUCACUGAGAGAUACCAGACAGAGAAGUAUGACGUUCAGAGAGGACAUGAGGCCAGCUCCCUGGACGCAUCGCGCAGCGACUCUUUGCACCAGGAAAUGUCCCAGAUGAGGAUUCGCCACCAGGAGGAGCUGACCGAGCUGCACAAGAAACGAGGCGAGCUGGCUCAGACUGUGAUCGAACUCAACAACCAAAUCCAGCAAAAGGAUCGAGAGAUCCAGAGCAACGAGGCCAGGAUGUUGGAAUACCAGCAGCAGAUCGCCAGCCUGGAGGGAGACUGCCGGGAUCUAAGGAACAGCCUGCAGGAGCUGGAAAUGGCCAAUCAGACGCUGAAGGACGAGUACGACGCGCUGCAGAUCACCUUCUCCGCCCUGGAGGAGAAGCUGAGGAAGACGUCGGAGGACAACCAGGAGCUGGUGUCCCGCUGGAUGGCCGAGAAGGCCCUGGAGGCCAACCGGCUCAACGCCGAGAACGAGAAGGACACCAGGCGUCGACAGGCCAAACUGCAGAAGGACCUGGCGGACGCCGCCAAGGAGCCGCUGCCCAUCGAACAGGACGACGACAUCGAGGUGCUGGCUGAGGACGGAGGGAAGGGAGCCGGAGAAACGUCACCAAACCGACCAAUCAGCAGGACGGCGAGCAGGAAAACGUCCCAGCAGCCUCAGGGCGGGCUCCUCGACUCCAUCUCCAACAUCUUUGGCAGGCGUCGGUCGGCGAACUCCUUCAGCACGUCUCCGGAAACCACCGAGCCGCCGUCGGGAGGCUGCGCGGAGGUCCGGGUGCCGACCACGGCGCUGCACGUCUUUGAAGCUCACGAUGGAGAGGUGAACACCGUCCGGUUCAGCCCCGGCUCCCGUCUCCUAGCAACCGGGGGGAUGGACCGCAGGGUGAAGCUGUGGGAGGUGGUGGCAGGUCGCUGUGAGGCUAAAGGAGCUCUGACCGGCAGCAACGCAGGAAUCACCAGCAUAGACUUCGACAGCGCUGGCUCCUACCUGCUCGCUGCGUCCAACGACUUCGCCAGUCGAAUCUGGACUAUGGACGACUACAGACUGAGGCACACCUUGACGGGUCACAGCGGGAAGGUUCUGUCUGCUCGAUUCCUGUUGGACAACGCCCGCAUCGUGUCUGGGAGCUACGACCGAACGCUCAAACUGUGGGACCUGCGCAGCAAAGUCUGUAUGAAGACGGUUUUUGCCGGCUCCAGCUGUAACGACAUCGUUUGCACGGAGCAGUGCGUCAUGAGCGGACACUUCGAUAAGAAGGUCCGGUUCUGGGACAUCAGGGCGGAGAGCAUCGUGCGGGAGAUGGAGCUGCUGGGCCGGGUGACGUCUCUGGACCUGAACCACGACCGCAGCGAGCUGCUGACCUGCUCCAGAGACGACGUGCUACAGAUCAUCGACCUGCGCAGCAACGCCGUCCGGCAGACCUUCAGUGCGCAGGGGUUCAAAUGUGGAGCCGACUGGACCAGAGUCACCUUCAGUCCUGACGGCAGCUACGUGGCCGGCGGGUCAGCAGAUGGCGCUCUCUAUGUCUGGAACGUCCUGACGGGGAAACUGGACCGGACUCUGGACCGAAACCACAGCUCGGCCAUCAACUCUGUGUCCUGGUCGCCGUCGGGAACGUACGUCGCCAGCGUGGAGAAGGGCAGCAGAGCCAUCCUGUGGUCUGACAUGUGAUUGGCCGGAGCCCAGGAAGGGGGCGGAGCCAACACGGCCGGGGCUCUGGACUCCUAAUGAAGCUGCUGAGGAGCUUUUAAUGUUCAGUUGUUUUAACUGUGACAGAAGAAGAGCGGGCUCUGAGCGCCACCUGCUGGUUGACGGUUGAAUGGACAGCUGAUGAAGGCUGAGGAAGAGGAGGAGACGUGUUGUUUGAAACAGGAAGUUCUUCACACCAAACAGAUGAAGAUUAAAGACUCUGAGAGUGAAUGUUGGCCUGUUUGAUACACACACACACACACACACAGCUGCUGAAGUGCCUCUGAGCGUUCCCGGAGCGAUACUGGGAAAGCUGCCGGUUCCUUCAGAAGCAGCCGCUGAAACGUUGCCAUGGAAACGGCCUGAUCAGGUUUCAUUCCAUAAACACUAAUCGGUCUGUAGUUUUUCUGCUUGUUUCUGUUUUCAGUUUGCUGGGAGACAUUAAACCCAAACCUCCUGAAACGA